CACGUGGUUUCCUCCUGUCAGUCCGCUUGUAGCUGAUAGCCACCAUUAGCCCCAGUCUGUCCCAGUCUGGCCAGUAAUGGCCCUACAUCCUCUCUCCGUAACACACAGGUCCUAAGGUUUAGCGCAGUGUUUGUUUGCUAUGGGGUUGACACAGAGUUCCUUUCUGUCGGACGGGGGCAGUAAUAGUGGAUACCAUGUACACGGGGUACAAGAGAACUCUCCUGCUCAUUUGGCCGGAGUGGAUCCCUUUUUUGAUUUUAUUCUCUCGAUAGGAAAUACCCGUCUUAAUAAAGAGAGUGACUUAUUGAAAGACCUUCUGAAAGCCAAUGUGGAGAAACCAGUCAAGCUGGAGCUGUACAGCAUGAAGACCCAGAGGGUGCGGGAGCUGGAGGUGGUUCCCAACAACAUGUGGGGGGGGCAGGGUCUGCUGGGGGCCAGUGUGCGCUUCUGCAGUUUUGAGGGGGCCAACGAGAACGUCUGGCAUAUCUUGGAUGUAGAGGAGCGUUCUCCGGCCUCCUUGGCCGGCCUUCAGGCCUUUCACGACUACAUCGUGGGAGCCGACCAGGUGUUGCAGGAAUCUGAGGAUUUCUUCUCCAUGGUCGAGGCUACUGAGGGGAAGCCUCUGAAGCUGCUGGUGUACAACUCCCAGAGUGACCGCUGUCGCGAGGUGGUGGUCACGCCCAACGGCGCCUGGGGGGGGGAGGGGAGCCUAGGGUGUGGCAUCGGCUACGGCUAUUUGCACAGGAUCCCGACUCACCCGCAUCAGCAGACCGACGCCCAGAGCUCCCGGACGUCCCACCAGAGUGCUGCGCCCGAAGCGGACCACACGCCCACACACCAACAGGGCCCUCCUGCUGCCGCACACCACCAUGCCGGGGAACAGGAGACCAGGGUGGAUCUGAGAGGGGGGUCCGCCGGGGAGCCCGGCCCCGCGUCAGACACAGCGGCGGUCCCGCAGCUAGGCCUGGAGAAGCGGUUACCCAGACUGGACUCCAUCUCGCUGGGCACGCCAGACGGCUCCAACCUCUCAGAGGCAGCCACCCCCGACCUGUCUGAGAUGAUCUCCACCAUGGACGUGAGCGGCGUCUCCAGGCUGGCCAACUACGGCGACGACUCCAGAGAGGAUCUGAGCCUGGACAUGUCCACAGGUAGUCAAACAGUGCCCUCCUCCCCAGACAACCAAGAGGACUCGGCUGUCGUCAUGGAGGAGGUGGAGGAGGAGGCGGGGGGGGAUCUCGUAGACCUCCUGGUGGUUUCCGGCGAUCAGACAACGGAGGACCUCUUCAGCCUCGAUGUCGUCAAGGAGACGGCGGGUGACGCCAGCCUUUCAGACGUUCAGAGUUUAGACGCAGAAACGCCAUGCUCCGAGCGAGUGGACCCAGGCCCGCUGGGGAGUUAAGAGCACUUUUUCACCCACUAUGCAUUAGAAGGCUUUAGUAGCUGGCUUUAGCGCUUGGGCUCAUAAAGCUACAUGCUAACGUUAGCAACACUGGAACUAAACUAUUUUAUUAUAUUAACAAGGGUUUUAUUGAUAUGAAGUUGCCUUUGCUGCAUGCUAACUUGCACAUUCAAACAAAAUAGUUUUGUUGGUUUAUGGUCUGAAGUUCUGUUGAUUCAGUUCACAAUGAAUGUAUGCUAAGGGUUACCUUGAAGGAUUAAUGUAUUGCUUUUUCUGGUCAGAACUGAUUCUUUUUUAACUGUCACCAACAAGCCUCCGUAGUUGGGUACCUUUUUAUGAAGCAUUUGGUGCCUUCACCAUCUUCACCAUUUAAUUACUGAAGGAAACAUGAUUGUAUGUUUAUGGAAUGGAUGGUUACAUCCACGAUCAGUUUUAUGUUUUGUGAGUAUAAAGUUUUAUGUAUGGGGUUUAUUUUGCUGAAAAUUAAGAUGGCGGGAGAGUUUGCGUUUUUAUUUUAUCUGUAAUAACAAAUACAGUAGCCAUAUCUUUAUGUUCAUUCUGCACUUUUGAUGAGAGCAAUGUACCAUUGGGAUAAUUUGUCUGUUUAUAUUCUUCCAUUUAACUAUGACUCGUAGUUAAGUUUAUGUGAUUGUAAAAUAAGAGAAAAAGGGGAAUUCUACUGGAGAAGUAAAAUUGUUUUCAAAAAUAGUCGAGCUCUUAUUGUGGUUUAAAGUGCAACCAUUCUCAAGUCCACUAAAUACGUUUGUUAUCAGAAGCGAUGGUUACCAUGGCAUUUUUUUUUCAGUUUUUACUUUUAAUUAGAGUUGUCUCCGGUACUUGACUUGAAAAAGGUCAAAGCAAUAUAACACAAUUAUAGGUAUCAAUAGGUGUCCGUAUUGGUGAGUCUAUUGAUCAGAAAUUUGGUCAUGAAGACGUGUGAUCUCAGGCGUUACUCAAAUCACUAUUCAAAAACCUAUUUUCUCCUGUGUGCUGCAAUGUAUGUUGAACUACGGGUUAUAUUCAGUUUUUUUUUCCUCAAAACUGCUUUGUCUUUAUAGCCUUAUAUUGGCCUACAGAAUAAACAUUGAAAACUCUUGAA